UUUGUUUAAAAAACAAUAGCAUGAGUAACAAUUUAUCAUUCUAUGCAAGUUUUUGUCAAUUUCCAUUGUCCCAUAAAUCUAUCAUUUACUAUAUUCCUCCCCAGAUAAAUAGCAAAUACAAAAUAAAUUUUACUUGACCAGCGAUUGUACGAAUCGGAAGAAAGGUUAGAGAGACGAGGAGAAAGGAGCUGACUUUCGGCUGCUGGAGGGAAAGAGAAGAAGCGCGGAGAUAAAUAGUCCUCACUGCUAGUUAACAUAAAUGGAUCCUACAACUGAUGAUCAAUUAGAUUUUGAUGACGAGGAGUAUGGAGAAAGCCAAAAGAUGCAGUAUCAUGGAGGUGGAACUAUACCUGCACUUGCAGAAGAGGAAAUGAUGGGUGAAGACGACGAGUAUGAUGAUCUUUAUAAUGAUGUUAAUGUGGGAGAGGGUUUUCUUCAGAUGCAGCAGUUUGAUGCACCAAAACCUCCAGAUUUUGUGGGAAAUGGAGUAUCCCCAGCUCCGGAAAAUGAUACUAAUGAACCAAGAGUUGAUGCUAUAACUUCUCCAGAAAUGAAGCCCGGUGUACCCAGUACUGGGCUGCGGUUUCCUGAGCAAAAGAGCCGGUCUACGGCUGAAAGGGGUCCUGAUCAAACUGAUGCUUCUGAAAAGGCAAGGCCUCCAUCAAUGACUAGUGAUGCUCAAGUUGGUGGUAACAUGACAUUUCAAUCAUCAUCGGUUCGAAUACCUCACGGAGCCAGUUCUGACCCUGUUCAUGAUUUGUCGGGCAAAGUUACCAAUGAGUCAUUGCCGUUGUUGAGUUCUGGUGCAGGUGGUGGUGGUAGUUCAAGAGCUGCUCCAUUGAUGCCAGCACAUCAAAUGAGUUCUAAUGCUGACGCGAACAGCCCUAUGAUCAAUGAAAACCAUAUAAGGCCAGCCAUAGAGAAUGGAAAUACAGUGCUUUUUGUGGGGGAGUUGCACUGGUGGACAACUGAUGCUGAUAUUGAGAGUGUGCUGAUUCAAUAUGGGAAAGUGAAAGAGAUUAAAUUCUUUGAUGAAAGAGCAAGUGGUAAAUCCAAAGGUUACUGUCAAGUAGAAUUUUACGAUCCCGCUUCUGCUUCUGCCUGUAAAGAUGGAAUGAAUGGACACAUUUUCAAUGGCCGAGCUUGUGUGGUGGCAUUCGCUACUCCUCAUACAAUAAAGCAGAUGGGUGCUUCUAUUAUAAACAACAAAACCCCAACUCAAGUUCAGACUCAGCCACACCAGGGAAGGAGGCCCAUGAAUGAAGGACUAAACAGAGGCAGCGGGACAAGUUUCCCCAGUGGAGAUACAGGGAGGAAUUUUGGUAGGGGUGGGUGGGGACGUGGGGGACAGGGAAUGCCAAACAGAGGUCCUGGUGGUGGGCCUGGAAGGGGAAGAGGUGGUAUGGGCUCAAAGAAUAUGAUGGGUGGUAAUGUACCUGGAGUCAAUGCUGGCAUGGGCAUUGGAGCUUAUGGACAGGGCCUUGCGGGUCCUGGUUUUGGUGGUCCUCCUGGAAUCAUGCAUCCACAGGGAAUGAUGGGUCCUGGGUUUGAUCCUGGGUACAUGGGCCGGGGAGCUGGUUAUGGAGGCUUUUCAGGCCCUGGUUUUCCGGGGAUGCUUCCUCCGUUUCCCACUAUUAACCCUAUGGGGCUCACCGGGGUGGCUCCUCAUGUAAACCCUGCCUUCUUUGGCCGUGGGAUGGGAAUGAUGGGUGGUACAACAGGAAUGGAUGGUCCUCAUCAAGGAAUGUGGACUGAUACAAGCACAGGUGGUGGGUGGGGAGGAGGGGAAGAGCAUGAAAGAAGGACCAGGGAGUCAAGUUAUGGUGGUGAAGACAAUGCGUCUGAAUAUGGGUAUGGAGAUGCCAGUCAUGACAAAGGGGGGGCAAGGUCGAGUGCUGCUUCUAGGGAGAAAGAGCGAGCUUCAGAACGUGACUGGUCGGGCAACUCUGAGAAGAGGAAUCGUGAUGAAAGAGUAGAUAAUGACAGGGACAGGUAUGAUAGGGAGCACAGAUACAGGGAAGAAAGAGAUGGUUACAGGGAUUACCGCCAUAAAGAACGUGAAGUGGAUUAUGACAAUGACAGAGGUCACUCUUCAAAAUCUCGAAGCAGAUCCCGAGCAGUGCAGGAUGAGGAUCAUAGAUCUUCUCGUUCGAGGGAUGCUGAUUAUGGGAAGCGGAAAAGGCUUCCAUCCGAGUGACAUAGUAUUUGUCAAAUAAAUACUCUGUUAUGGAAGUGUUUUCCAGGAUGUCUUAGCUGGAGUGCUGGACUCCUAUAACCAAGUCCACAAUAUUAUUCUCACAACAUUCCUCUGCAGACUGCUUGAAAGGGUUGCGGUUCUUCUCCCUAAAUUUAAUGAAGAUCUGGCAUCAGGGAAGAUGAUUGGCAGUGCUAGAGAGGAGGAUGGCCUCUAUACUUUUGAUGAAGGAACACAAUUGAAUAAACAAGGGAGCAGAGAGGCAACUCUUUGUUUUCAUAUCUAAACCCGCAUAAGUUGGUUACAUGGAGGAAGAUGAGUUAACUUGGCUGAAUUCCAUUACAAGUCCUUGUGUUAUAGCCAUAUUUUGUUUUACUUGUAAAAUCUAUAUAUAUGGUUUCCUCCCCUCCAUGAAAACUUGUAGAAAACAAACCGUGAUAUGGCCUGUUAUUGGAGAAGUUUUGCCUCGAAAUAGGGAUGGGUCUACCCAUCUACUUCCAUACAUUCCUUUUUUAGCUGUUCUGGAAAACUCUUUGUACUGUUUCCCAUACAUGUAACUGUUCAAGUCCAAAUUUGUGCCUUUGUAGUACCAGCCUGUAAGAUUUUUGUGUAUCGUCUGAAGUUAUAUUUUCAGCUUUAGGGUAGUCAGAUUGAACUGUUGUAUGCUCAAUAUUGUGUUGUAAAUUUAAGCAAGUAGCAUUAUAGUGGAAUGAUACCCGUCUUGCCAUGGAACUUAUGAGUCUAUGAGCUUUAAGACACAACCAACAGAAAGUACAUUCUCAGUGAGCUAUCUGAUGAGCGGCUUUAUUGGGCAUGGUUGCAUAUUGCAUCUGUAUUUCUCAAUCUGUUCCGAUGACCAGGAGUGAUGUGUAAAUGAAAUGUAAUAAGAUUCCAAUAUUAGGACUUAUAUCUCUUGUAUUGUAAUCAGUUCAUACAUUUGUUGUAACUUGUAAAGUACACGGAUUUUGUAGUUAGAUCAUAAUAUCACUGUGUAAAACUCCAAUGUAAGUAUGUAAAACCGACCAGAGGGUUGAUGUCCACAGAUAUUCUUUUUUCUCUCUCGGAAUGUCAUCUUUGUAUCGUUUGAAGGCUUAUUUUACUAGGAGUUAUAUGUAAUUGUUUUUUACCCCCA